CCGGGUAAUCAUUAGCUAAGCAUCGCCUCCCGCACAGACCAGCCUAGAAAAUUCUCUCGUGGCACACAAAACCGCGUCGACCUCGCGCGUAUUUUCCUCCCUCUUUUCCCUUUUCCUCUCCUCAGAUAGCAACGGCCGCCCGCCGCAGCAUAACUAAUGGUGGCCUUUUCUCCCUUGGGAGAGAAUGGUUCACCCAUGAAAGGCGCUGCUGGUAAAACCCUUGGGUUGUGGGUGGCUGGAGAGUAAUACUGGGAUUGGAUCCUUCGUUGAUCUCGGGUUCUGGUUUGCACCGUCUAGAAACCGUUUCAUUUAUAGGCAUCUACACAUUUUUGUCCUUGACGUGAUGUUUCUGUGUAUUGCUGCCGGCAUGCUCUACGCGUUUGCCCCUCCAAAAGAGGUUGGGCUGUGCCUCGUUGACAGCUUCCCCUGCUGCUCGGGGACACACACAUCGUCGAAGUAUUCCGCACGGGGGCCAGCCUACCCUUGUCCCAUUGAAGCAGAUAACUGCACCUGCCUCACGAUGUCAGGAAGGCAUUCGUACCUCCAAGAACCAGACGCUAUCGAUCUCAAUGUUGUUAGAAACAUGCUGCAGGUGCUGUUCCGCGUCGCCAACCACCAGAGGGCAUGCUGAGCAGAAAACAUGAAGCUAUCGAUCAUCAGUGUGGCCACUAGUCAGUGGUCUUGACAUGUCUGAUUUCGUUGGAUGCCUUCAACGUCUACAGGCGUUGGUGUAAGCCCAAAUUGAGGAGUAUAGCUUCAAAGAGGUUCCUUUGCUAUUAUUUUUAAUACUUACCUUUCUGAUCAUGGCUUCUCGGUUGAUACAACUUCACGUCAAUCCUUCCUGGUUUCUGAUCUCGGCCUAACAUGGAUGAUCAUUGAUAUGGAGUACCGGCGGUCUCGGAUUUUUUCCAAGUAGCGACACUACUGAGUCACAAUGGCAGUUCCGUCAGCCUCACAUUUUUGAUCAGUAGUUUAAAACAGGAAUUAAUAAGAAUAAGCUUCCAGGGAUAAUGGUCUAACUGAGUU